AUGGACGCCCCUGAGGAGCCGCUGCCGCCGGUGAUCUACACCAUGGAGAACAAGCCCAUCGUCACCUGUGCUGGAGAUCAGAAUCUAUUUACCUCUAUUUACCCAACACUUUCACAGCAGCUGCCGAGAGAACCAAUGGAAUGGAGAAGGUCCUAUGGCCGGGCUCCCAAGAUGAUUCACCUAGAAUCCAACUUUGUGCAGUUCAAAGAGGAGUUGCUGCCCAAGGAAGGAAAUAAAGCUCUGCUUACGUUCCCCUUCCUUCAUAUUUAUUGGACAGAAUGCUGUGAUACUGAAGUGUAUAAAGCAACAGUAAAAGAUGACCUUACCAAGUGGCAGAAUGUUCUGAAAGCUCAUAGCUCUGUGGACUGGUUAAUAGUGGUAGUUGAAAAUGAUGCCAAGAAAAAAAACAAAACCAACAUCCUUCCUCGAACUUCUAUUGUGGACAAAAUAAGAAAUGAUUUUUGUAAUAAACAGAGUGACAGGUGUGUUGUGCUCAAUGACCCCUUGAAGGACUCUUCUCGAACUCAGGAAUCCUGGAAUGCCUUCCUGACCAAACUCAGGACAUUGCUUCUUAUGUCUUUUACCAAAAACCUAGGCAAGUUUGAGGAUGACAUGAGAACCUUGAGGGAGAAGAGGACUGAGCCAGGCUGGAGCUUUUGUGAAUAUUUCAUGGUUCAGGAGGAACUGGCCUUUGUGUUUGAGAUGCUGCAGCAGUUUGAAGAUGCUCUGGUGCAGUAUGACGAGCUGGACGCCCUGUUUUCUCAGUAUGUGGUCAACUUCGGUGCUGGCGAUGGUGCCAACUGGCUGACUUUUUUCUGCCAGCCGGUGAAGAGCUGGAAUGGAUUGACCCUUCGAAAGCCCAUAGAUAUGGAGAAGCGUGAAUUGAUACAGAGGCAAGAAGCUACCCUAUUAGAUCUGCGCAGUUACCUGUUUGCUCGCCAGUGCACCCUGCUCCUCUUCCUGCAGAGGCCGUGGGAGGUGGCUCAGCGCGCCCUAGAGCUGCUGCACAACUGUGUGCAGGAGCUGAAGCUCUUGGAAGUCUCCGUCCCGCCCGGCGCGCUGGACUGCUGGGUGUUUCUGAGCUGUCUGGAGGUGCUGCAGAGGAUAGAAGGCUGCUGUGACCGGGCACAGAUAGACUCAAACAUUGCCCACACUGUGGGUUUAUGGAGCUAUGCCACCGAAAAGCUAAAAUCCUUGGGCUACCUGUGUGGACUUGUGUCAGAAAAAGGACCUAACUCAGAAGACCUCAAUAGGACAGUUGAUCUCUUGGCAGGUUUGGGAGCUGAGCGACCUGAAACAGCCAACACAGCUCAGAGUCCUUAUAAGAAACUCAAAGAAGCAUUGUCAUCAGUAGAAGCUUUUGAAAAACACUACUUAGAUCUGUCCCACGCUACCAUUGAAAUGUAUACAAGUAUUGGGAGGAUUCGAUCUGCUAAGUUUGUUGGAAAGGAUCUGGCAGAAUUUUACAUGAAGAAAAGGUCUCCACAGAAGGCAGAAACCUAUCUUCAAGGAGCACUGAAGAAUUACCUGGCUGAGGGCUGGGCACUGCCUAUUACACACACAAGGAAGCAGUUGGCCGAAUGCCAAAAACACCUUGGACAGACUGAGAACUACCUUCAGACCAGUAGCCUUUUAGCCAGCGAUCAUCACUUAACUGAAGAGGAACGGAAAUACUUCUGCCAAGAGAUACUCAACUUUGCCAGUGAACAGACAGAUAGCCCAGGUCACAAAGUUGUCCUCCCUAUGCAUUCUUUUGCACACCUGAGAGAUCUCCGUUUCACUCCCUCCAACGCUGUGGUACACGUGGGUGGUGUUUUAUCCGUGGAGAUAACUGUAUGCAGUCAGAUGCCCGUCCCUGUCCACAUGGACCAGAUCGCCAUCAGCGUCCACUUCAGCAUAGAGAAAAACAGUUACCGGAAGACUGCUGAGUGGCUUACCAAGCACAAGACGUCCAAUGGGGUUAUUAACUUUCCAGUGGAAACCUCGCCUUUCCCUGCGUCCCAAAACAGUUUACCAGCUCUGGAGUUGUUUGAGAUGUUUGAGAGGAGCCCCUCGGAUAACUCCUUGAACACCACAGGGAUUAUAUGCAAAAAUGUCCACAUGCUCCUGAGACGGCAGGAAAGCAGCACUGCUCUGGACACGCCCUCAGGGGUGGCUCUGGAUGACGGGGCCCCUGUGCUGAAGUGCUGCAGUGUGACUCUAGAACCAGGGCCCAAUACCAUAACCUUCAGGACACAGGCCAAGGAGCCUGGAACGUACACACUGCGGCAGCUGUGCGCCUCAGCGGGCCUGGUGUGCUUCGUGCUUCCGCACCUCUACCCACUGGCGCAGUACGACGUGUACUCCCAGGAGCCACAGCUGCAUGUGGAGCCGCUGGCCGAUAGCCUUUUAGCUGGUAUUCCUCAGAAGGUCAAGUUCACUGUCACUACUGGCCAUUAUACAGUAAAAAAUGGGGACAGCCUCCAACUCAGCAAUGUGGAAGCCAUGCUCAUCCUGUGCCAGGCAGAGAACAAAGCCGUGAUCUAUUCUAACACGAGAGAAAAGGCUUCUGAUGCAUCCCUCCGGGUUCAGUCGUCUGACAAGGUCACAAGCAUCAGUCUGCCUGCAGCGCCUGCAUACCACAUGAUCGAAUUUGAACUUGAAGUUCUGUCUUUACCUUCAGCUCCAGCAGCUGGAGGGGAGGGGGAGAGCACCAUGUUGGGGAUGUCAGAGGCCCAGAGGAAGCCUAAGGACACACAGAAAGCCGGCCACUGCAUGGCUACCACGGACCACAAAGUGUCCAUCGAGUGCCCGUGGUCCAUCUACUCCACUGUCAUCGCACUGACGUUCAGUGUGCCCUUCAGGACCACACAUGCUGUGCUGUCAGCCGGGACACGGAAAUAUAUUCAAGUUUGUGUCCAGAAUCUGUCGGAACUUGACUUUCGCUUGUCAGAUAGUGAUCUUGUAGACACUGGGGAUAGUACUGGCCUGCAGCUACUGCCAUUGAACACGAAAUCCAAGCAGCACAUCUGCAGCCAGCAGUCGGUGUUCUUUGUCUGGGAACUGACGUGGACACGAGAGCCUCCCCCUCCACUGAGCGGCCGGUUCUCCAUGGAAUUCCGCCCAGCUUCUGAAGAACGGCUGUCAAUCUCCUUAAAGCCCUAUACUUAUGAAUUUCAAGUGGAGAACUUUUUUACCUUAUACACCGUGAAAGCUGAGAUUGUGCCGCCCGCGGGGACGGAGCUCUGUAGGACAGGCUCGCUCUGCGCCCUGGAGGUGUCCAUCACGCGCCUCUCGGACCUCCUGGAAGUGGACAGGGAUGAAGCCCUGACAGAAUCCGAGGAGUACUUUUCCACCAAGCUGAUGUACGAAGUGGUCGACAACAGUAGCAACUGGGCAGUGUGUGGGAAAAGUUCUGGCGUCAUCUCCAUGCCUGUGGUCGCUCAGGCAACACACAGAGUCCACAUGGAGGUGAUGCCCCUGUUUGCGGGUUACCUGCCCCUUCCCGACGUCAGGCUCUUUAAGUACCUCCCACAUCACUCUGCGCACUCCUCACAACUGGAUGCUGACAGCUGGAUAGAAAACGACAGCCUGUCGGUGGACAAGCACGUGGAUGACCAGCUGGACAGCAGCAGCAUCAAGAGCAGGGGCAGCGUGCACUCGGCCUCCAGCAGUGAGCAUAAAGGCUUGCCUAUGCCCCGGCUGCAGGCGCUGCCGCCCGGUCAGGUCUUCAACUCUAGCACGGGCAUGCAGAUCUUGGUCAUCCCCAGCAAAGAUGACCAUGUUCUGGAAGUCAGUGUCACAUGA